AGAUUCAACAAACUAAGAUAGAUACUGAAUAUCUAGUUCCAAAAUUAUCUGGAGUACCAUAUAAGCAGCAAGGUGUAGUAGCUGCAAAAUAUCAUAUUGGAUCUUUAAAUUUUCUUUUGUCAUUAACACCUAAUAAUCGUGCUCGCAUUGCUUAUAUUGCACAUGAUAAGCAUAACUCAGAAUUUUUUGAAUCAUUUCUUGAAACUCUCAAAAAAGAUUAUAAGACUUGUGGACCGCAACUUCAAGCCACACUUGAAAAACCUGGUACUGAUCUUCUUGGGUAU